AUGAUCGACUGGUAUUUGAUAUUUUUGUAUUGCUUAAUUCCAUUUGUAGUUGUGUCGUACCCAUUUCUUUACAAAUGGAAGCACUUGAAUGACCUUAUAAUUGCCGAUUUAAUUGUGAUGUUCAUGUUGAUCACAUACUCGUUAACAGAAACCCCCCAGCCACAUUAUUUACUUGGAAUUACACCAGUCCAAAAAAUUAUAAUGAUUGACGUCUUCGUUUCAUAUGUUUUUGAACUCACAGGGUAUGUUAGAGAUAUCCUGAGCGGGGUGAAGAAUCUUGACCAUGAAUAUGAAUUAAUGCACACGAUUCCUGGUGCUAUUGGAAUUAUGUAUAUUCUGUAUGUGAAACAGUUUGGUGGGAUCAUCGUGAGACUGCUUUUAGACUCUAUAACGUACUUAAUAGAUAUGAUUCAGGAGUAUUACCCAGACUCGAAUUUCAUAGAGUUUCUCAGAAUUUUUUCGUUCAUUGUUGCAAGGUCCAUCUAUUACAGUGUGAUGUUAUUGUACUCAAUUUACGUCAUGAUAAUGCACUGGGAGUUUGUCGACAAAUUACUUUUUGUCAUGUUCUGUAUAUGGACUGUUUACUUUUUGUAUGACCACAUAUACAUUGGCUUUUGGCUCAAGUAUAGAUUUCAAAUGGCAAAUUUCAUUCAAAAACAUUGUUGCCAGAAAAACACAGAGGAACGUGGAAUUGUUCACAACGAGAUUAAUGACAAUUUUAUUCAAAAACAAAAUGCUAAAGAAAAGAAAGACUGA